AAGAAUAUCACAUUCCUCCCAGUGAAGGACUCAGAUGCUGACAACUUCCCAUGACUCUCCCCUCCUCCUCUGCAAACAUCUGAGUGAACCACAGAUCUUAAUAUCCAGAAGAGCAGCAGGCAGGUACAUAUGGGAAACAACAGCAGCUCCACUGUGGAUGAUCUACAGGCUGUCGAGAUCCACCACUGGUACAAGAAAUUCAUGACAGAGUGUCCUUCUGGACAGCUGACAGAGCAUGAAUUUAAGCAGUUCUUUGGGCUUCGAGGGCUGGAUCCAGAGGCCAAUAAGUACAUUGAGCAGAUGUUCCGCACGUUUGAUAUGAACAAGGAUGGAUAUAUUGAUUUCAUGGAAUAUGUGGCUGCCCUCAGCCUCGUUCUCCGAGGGAAGAUGGAGCAGAAAUUGCGGUGGUAUUUCAAGCUCUAUGAUGUAGAUGGCAAUGGCUGCAUUGAUCGACAUGAACUGCUCAACAUCAUUAAGGCUAUUCGUGCUAUUAAUGGUGCUGACCAUGAAACUAGUGCAGAAGAGUUCACCAAUCGAGUCUUCGAUAGGAUUGAUGUGAACGGCGAUGGUGAACUUUCUCUGGAUGAAUUUGUGGAGGGAGCAAGGAAAGAUGAGGAGUUCAUGGAGGUUAUGAUGAAGAGUUUGGACCUGUCACACAUUGUGGCCAUGAUAAACAACCGUCGGCAUAGUGUAUAAAUCAAG